UUAUGACGACGCAUGCAUGCCGCAAGGGGCAGCUGCAUUAGGCCAUAAUGCAAGCAAAAAGCUGAAGUAUACCAUAGUACGUAGUAAGUAAAAUAAAUAUAAAACAUUCAACCACUAAAAGUUGGGCGGGGCCAAUUCCAGUAGCCUAUGACUUGGCGUGCAACGCGUGAGACUUUCUUCUUCUUAUCCUUUACGAAUCGAUUGGUAAAGCACAUAAUUUUGAACGGAGCAAAAUUGUUCUGUGCUUAAAUAGGCGCCCUUUUGUAGACAUAGACAUAGGCUAUGCUACAUUUCACCAAGAUGCAAACCAAUGUUAUGUCCGACAUGAUUGAAUUAAACGGUAAAGACUUGGGCAGGGCGCUCUGCAUCAUCACCGGAGCGUCGAAAGGAUUUGGCCGAACCAUAGCGAAGGAGAUACCCAAGUUCCUCAAACAGAGGUCGGUGCUUGUGCUGGCUGCACGGUCCGCCGACCAUCUAAGGGACGUUCAAGCUGAAAUAGCCGCAUCGGAGGCAAACAAAUUCGGUCUGGUGACAAGGUGUGUGGUUGCAGACCUUGCGACGAAAGAAGGCGUCGAAAGUGUCAUUAGUGUGGCGAAGAAGGUAUCUUCGGAUGAUAUGGAUCAUCUGAUUUUAGUGAAUAAUGCUGCCUCUUUAGGUAAUGUAUCUCGCUAUGCCCAGACCUUCACCAACAUAGCAGAAGUGGACUCCUAUCUGUCCUUCAACAUCAGCUCUGCCCUGAGCCUCACAGCUGGGGUGCUGCAGGCGUUUCCAAAACGCCCGAGCCUGCGACGUAGCGUUGUCAACAUCAGCUCCCUGUGCGCCCUGCAGCCCUUCCCCUCGUGGGUGCUGUACUGCACGGGCAAGGCUGCCAGAGACAUGAUGUUUCGAGUGCUGGCGGAGGAGGAGCCGGAUCUGAGGGUGCUCAACUACGCCCCAGGUCCCCUGGACACAGAUAUGCAGGUGGAGGCCAGAGCCAACACAGCCGACUCCAAUGUGAGGCAGUCCUUUGCAGUCAUGCACUCUCAAGGUCAGCUCCUGACCUGUGAAGAGUCAUGCACCAAGCUCAUGAAGGUGCUCCUGGAGGAUGACUUCCCUUCCGGAGCUCACAUGGACUACUACGAUUUAUAAACAGGAAGCAAGACCCUUAUUUGAAGCGGGAUGCUGCUUUGUUUGAUAUAAAUCAAAUGAGGGUCUUGUAUCAGUUUUCAAAUGUAUUUACCAUUUGUUUGAUAUAAUGUUGAUUCAUCUAAUAGUUUCGGAAGUUAUUUAGUUGUCCCAAUGGGAGCCCUACAUUCCUGUUAGAGGGUUCACCAACAGUGGGUUGACUAAAAAACUAUAUUUUUUCACCAUCUGAAAUUUGUUUUAGGCCAGUUUUGCUAAAUUAGAGCUUUUGGAAUCAAGUACCGCCUGUUCUCAUUAGUUUAACAAUGAUUAGUUAUUUCCCGUCAUAUGAUGAUUGUGCCUUUAUCCUAGAAUAGUUUUUUAUAUCGUCCUUUGAUUCUAUCUUUCAAAUUAUGCUGACAAAAUGUAAUGUAAUGAUUUUCUGUUGUGUUAUGUAUGAUUAUAUAUACAUCAUUUCAGUAACACAUUACAAAUACAUUUGGUUUGCUUAAUAUGCACUUUUUGGUUUGUUUUUCACUGAAUCUAAAACUACCCAGCCAUAACUUGUUCAUGGCACAUGUCUUACACAACUUUCUGUAAUUAAAAUAAUUGGCAAUAUUAAGUAAUACAAAGGUUCACACUGCUUUUAUCUAAAGUGGUGUACGGUGUGUGUUGAAGAGGUCUGUCCUUAAACCACUGAUCAGUUAACAACAAUUAAAGAAAAUGAUUACUUUAUUAUUUUCAACUGUUUAAAAUGUUUUGAAUAUAAUAAACAAUGUUUGAUCUACACCUUGCUAUAUUAAGCUCAUGAGCACAUAAACUUUGGUUAUGUCCAGGAGAGAAAUAUGCCUAUCUAUUAAUUAUGUUUCUUGUAUCAUUGAUACAUUUAUAUUAUUCUGUUUUAUUAUGCCUGCAUAGCCAUAAGUUGGGUCUUUGUAAGGUGCGACUAUGAAAGGCCUGGGUCACUAAAACAAGUCAGAGGUCACAAUAUUGCCAAAGUGUAUAAUGCCAUGCAACUUUGAACGAGGAAAAAAGAAAGACGAGUGAAUGACGAGGCCAUUUCUGGGAGCCCUAUCUAAAGACCCAAACAAAAGCUGUCUAGCAUACAGUGUCCUUUUUCAGUGCCUGCCAAGGCUAUGUUAAUCAUAUUGUAUCCUCCCAUAUUGUGAUACCAUAUACUCUCUUGAUUUUCUGUAUUCAUGGUCCAGUCUUCUCUGAUACUCAACUUGAGUGUAACAGACACCUGCACCUCACAUAUGUGUAAUAAAUGCUUUGAUUUUGUCUUAA